UGACGUAGAUCUUGUAAACUAAACAAUUUGUUUUGAAUGCAAAAAAUCAAAUAAAUCGGAACCAUUGUAGUAAAUUUGUCCAUUUAAUCAGUGCUUCUAGACAUGAAUGAAAUAGAUGAUAAGUUUUACUAUGUGUACAGUUCAUCUUUGGAUCAUAAAGUGGAAAUCAAAAUUGGCACUUUAGAAGGAAAAAGAGCAAAGCCUGAAUAUGACAAACUACUCUCAGAUCCUAUGCUCAAGUUUUCUGGUCUUUACCAAGAGGGAUGUUCAGACUUGUAUGUCACUUGCCAGGUGUUGUGCGAUGGACUACCUCUUGCGCUGCCAGUUACCACCUCAUACAAAGCUUUUACUAACCGAUGGAAUUGGAAUGAAUGGAUAACACUGCCAGUGUUUUUUAGUGAUCUCCCUAGAAAUGCAAUUCUUGCCUUGACAAUAUAUGAUUGUGCCGGACCAGGCAAGGUGAUGAUUGUUGGUGGAACUACUAUAUCAUUAUUUGGCAAGCAUGGAAUGUUAAGACAGGGCAUGUUCGACCUCCGAGUGUGGCCUGGUGUAGAGGGCAGCGAAAGGACACCAGGGAAAGCACCAGACCGGGGUAAAGAACAGAUGCAAAAAUUAGCCAAACUUGCUAAGAAACAUAGGAAUGGACAUAUGCCUAAAGUGGACUGGCUCGACCGGCUGACAUUCAGGGAAAUAGAGAUGAUAAACGAGAAAGAAAAGCGCAGUUCCGACUACAUGUAUCUCAUGAUAGAGUUCCCCACCGUGCAGAUUGAUGGCAUCAACCACGCAGUGGUAUACUACGAGCAGGACGGCGAUGAGAUGUACCAGUUCAGGGCGCAAGCGGAGAUCGUCACUGUACCGGAUUACGAAAUAUUACAAGAGAACCUGGUUGAGAGCAAGCAGCACAGACUGGCGCGGUGCGUGCGCGGCGCGUGGGGGCGCGAGGCCAAGCCCACGGCGCGGGAGAGGGACCAGCUGGCCGCGCUGGUGGCCGCGCCCCCACGCCGCACACUCUCCGCCGACGACCAGGACCUCGUCUGGAAGUACCGCUUCUAUCUGUCGUCUCAUCGACGUGCGCUCACCAAAUUCUUGGAGUGCGUCAACUGGAACAGACCCGCGGAGGUGCGUCAGGCGCUGGCCAUGAUGAAGCAAUGGGCGCCCAUGGAUGUGGAGGACGCACUGGAGCUCCUCACGCCAAAGUUCACGCACCCCGCUGUCAGGAGGUACGCGAUAUCCCGGCUGCGUCAGGCUCCGGACGAGGACCUGCUGCUGUACCUGCUGCAGCUGGUGCAGGCGCUCAAGUACGAGGACUUCGCGGAGAUACACAGCGAAUACGCUCGCGUGUGCGGCAAAGAGGCGGUGGUGGCGGAGUUCGAGGGUCGGCUGAUGCAGACCUCGCGCAACAAUCAGCACCCAUCAGUAUUAACGUCCAGUGAUAUGACAGCCUCCAUAACGAGCAGACAGUCUAAUGAAGCCAUCGCAGAAGAACCCUCCACCGCACAAGAAGACCCCUUCAAGUGUGAGGAGGAGGGAGGGGGUCCGUGUGAUGUGGAGGGGGAGUCGUGCAGCCUGGCGGGGUUCCUGAUAGGUCGUGCGUGUGGGGACGCGGUGGUGGCCAACUACCUGUACUGGUACUUGCUCAUCGAGUGCGAGGACGCGGAGUGCGGCGCCGCCCCGCGACCCCCCAGGCAUAUGUACCUCAGUGUUAUGAAGACGUUCUCUCAACGGCUCGCUAAAGGCAACGCUGACCAUCAACGUACGCGAUCUUUCCUGGCUCGUCAGCAGGUGUUCAUAGACAAAUUGGUAAAACUGGUGAAGACUGUCGCAAGAGAGAGCGGCAACAGGAACAAAAAAGCGGAGCGUUUGCAGCAGCUGUUAGCUGAUCCUGACGCAUUCAAGUUUAAUUUCACAAACUUCGAACCUAUGCCUUUUCCAUUGGACCCCAGUGUCACCAUCAAAGGCAUUGUGGCGAAGAAGGCUUCCCUCUUCAAGUCCGCCCUCAUGCCCUCCAAGCUGACCUUCCUCACCACUGAGGGUGUGGAGUACGAGGCUAUAUUCAAGCAUGGUGAUGAUCUGAGACAAGACCAGCUGAUACUUCAGAUGAUCACGCUCAUGGAUAAAUUGCUCAGAAGAGAGAACCUGGACCUGAAGCUGACGCCGUACAAGGUGCUGGCGACGAGCUCGCGGCACGGCUUCCUGCAGUACGUGGAGUCUGUGUCGGUGGCGGAGGCGCUGGCGGCGGAGGGCAGCAUCCAGAGCUUCCUGCGUCGUCACAACCCCGCGCCCCACGCCCCCUACGGCAUCCGACCCGACGCCAUGGACACCUACGUGCGCAGCUGCGCCGGGUACUGCGUCAUCACCUACCUCCUCGGUGUAGGUGACCGUCACCUCGACAACUUGCUGCUGCGUCGUUGCGGCGCUCUGUUCCACAUCGACUUCGGGUACAUCCUGGGACGAGACCCGAAGCCUCUGCCGCCGCCCAUGAAGCUCAGCAGAGAGAUGGUGGAGGCUAUGGGUGGUGUUCACGCUGACCACUACCACGAGUUCCGCAAACUCUGCUACACCGCAUUCCUGCAUCUGAGACGACAUGCGAACCUGAUGCUGAACCUGUUCUCGCUGAUGGUGGACGCCUCAGUGCCGGACAUCGCGCUGGAGCCCGACAAGGCGGUGAAGAAGGUGCAGGACAAGCUCAGACUGGACCUGGGGGACGAGGAGGCGGUUCAUUACUUCCAGAACCUUCUGGAUAUGUCGGUGACCGCAGUCAUGGCGGUGCUGGUCGAACAAUUCCACAAAUUCGCGCAAUACUGGCGCAAAUAAAUAUCAACAUAUCUAAACACCUUCCUAGAUAUCAUUUAAGAUCACUAGGUGUACCUAUAAAAAACUUAGAACUAGAGUUCUAGAGAGAGAACUAGAGUUCUAAGUUUUUUGACGCUAUCGCCCCCUACUUAGAAAUAGAGAGUAAAGUGAGCUGUCAUUCUGUCAUCUGUCAAAGUUUU